AUAAGCAUGCUGCCAAUUUAGUGGUCAAAACUUUAAUGAUGCAAAUGAUGCAUGGCAUGUAAGCAGCGCAUAUGACACACAAAUAUUUUUUAUAUUUUCUAAAAUCAACUGGCAAUAUCCAAACUAGAGCAUUGGUUGAAAGGGACCAAUCAGCAAUAAGUAUUUAACCUUCUUUUUUCCCGCCGCUGCAUUUACGCUGUUGUAUAAGCGGAAAUCAGUAUUUGUUCGCUAGUUUUCUAAUUAUAGAAAUUUUUACAUUUCGAAUAAAUCAUCAUGGCUGGUGGAAAGGCAGGAAAAGAUUCUGGAAAAUCUAAAGCCAAAGCUGUAUCACGUUCAGCCAGAGCGGGCUUACAAUUUCCUGUUGGUCGUAUUCAUCGUCAUCUGAAGCAUCGAACGACUAGUCAUGGAAGAGUAGGGGCUACAGCAGCAGUAUACAGUGCAGCCAUUCUUGAAUAUUUAACUGCUGAGGUAUUGGAGUUAGCAGGCAAUGCUAGUAAAGAUUUGAAAGUAAAGAGAAUUACACCUCGCCAUCUUCAAUUAGCCAUUCGUGGUGAUGAAGAACUUGACUCACUCAUCAAGGCCACCAUUGCUGGUGGUGGUGUCAUCCCUCACAUCCACAAAUCUCUCAUUGGUAAGAAGGGAACACAGGCUGCCCCCAAGACUCCUUAAGAUAGAUCCAUAAAAUAAAACUGCAUUUUGCACCUUUCAUCAUAUUUCAUUGCAUCAAGUGUUUUGACUCUGACUUUUUUUUAAAUAAAAAUCUUUUAUUCUUAAAAGCCA